UUGGAAAAGGGCCAUGGCAGUAGGAUUAGCAAUAACAGGAGGCGAAGGUGGGCAGCAGCACUACAAUGGGAGGAUCACUCUGUUUCUCGUCUUAUCUUGCAUGAUGGCUGCCAUGGGGGGUGUUAUCUUCGGCUAUGAUAUUGGAAUUUCAGGUGGAGUUACCUCUAUGGAGUCAUUUCUGAACAAGUUCUUCCCAGAAGUGUUCAUUAGAAUGAAAGAAGAUACCAAAAUUAGCAAUUACUGCAAGUUUGAUAGCCAACUACUAACUUCCUUCACAUCAUCACUCUACGUGGCUGGCCUUUUCGCAUCCUUCUUGGCCUCCUCUGUCACCACAACUUUUGGACGGAUGCCAUCCAUCCUUGCAGGAGGAGCCGCAUUCCUUGCAGGGGCAGCCCUCGGUGGUGCAGCUUUCAAUGUCUACAUGCUUAUAUUUGGCCGAGUCUUGCUUGGAGUUGGAGUUGGUUUUGCAAACCAGUCAGUCCCCCUAUAUCUCUCUGAAAUGGCUCCACCUAAAUACAGAGGAGCAAUCAACAAUGGCUUCCAAUUCAGCGUUGGCAUUGGCGCUAUAUCAGCGAGUCUCAUCAACUUCGGCACCGAAAAGAUCAAAGGUGGCUGGGGCUGGCGAAUCUCUAUAGCAAUGGCUGCUGUCCCGGCCUCAAUUCUAACACUUGGUGCAUUUUUCCUCCCGGAAACACCCAACAGCAUAAUCCAACGCAGCAACGACCACCACAAGGCCAAAAAAAUGCUACAACGCGUCCGAGGAACCGAUGAUGUCCAGGCAGAAUUAGACGAUCUCAUCAAAGCAAGCUCCAUUUCAAAAACAAUUGAAAACCCAUUCAAGAAAAUUGUACAAAGAAGAUACAGGCCUCAGCUUGUAAUGGCAAUAGCCAUACCUUUCUUCCAACAAGUGACGGGGAUCAAUGUCAUCGCCUUCUAUGCCCCUAUACUCUUUCGGACGAUCGGAUUAGGCGAAAGUGCCUCACUUUUGUCCGCGGUAAUGACGGGGAUUGUUGGAACUGGAUCAACCUUCAUAUCCAUGCUUAUAGUGGACAAACUAGGCCGAAGAGUUCUGUUCACCACAGGAGGAAUUCAGAUGUUCAUCUCACAAGUUAUGGUUGGAGGAAUAAUGGCGGCUAAGCUAGGCGACCAUGGCGGGAUAGGCAAAGGGUCUGCAUAUUCUAUUCUGGUUUUGAUAUGCGUGUAUGUUGCGGGUUUUGCGUGGUCAUGGGGUCCGUUGGGAUGGUUGGUUCCAAGUGAGAUUUUUCCGUUGGAGAUUCGAUCGGCCGGGCAGAGCAUUACGGUGGCAGUGAACUUUCUCUUCACUUUCAUUGUUGCUCAAACGUUUCUUGCUAUGCUCUGUCACUUCAAGGCCGGGAUCUUCUUCUUUUUUGGUGGAUGGGUGGUGGUGAUGACGGUGUUUGUGUACUUGCUGUUGCCGGAGACUAAGAACGUGCCUAUUGAACAGAUGGACAGAGUGUGGAGGGAGCAUUGGUUUUGGAAGAGAUAUGUGGGGGAAGGGAGUGAGGAUGAAAAUGCUUAG